AUGGCUGCUGAACAGCGCAAGCUCUUGGAGCAGCUCAUGGGCGACUCCUUCAAUGGCCUCUCCUCGUCGAAAACUGCCAAUCUCACACUGACUGCCCCUUCUGUCUGCCGCUCCUACAUCGUCGGCACCUGCCCGCACGACCUCUUCACCAACACCAAGCAAGACCUAGGCCAAUGCCCCAAACACCACCCGGAGCACCUGAAGAUCGAGUACAGCGGCCUCCCGGAUCCCGAAAAGCAGAAGCUUGGCUUUGAAUAUGACUACAUGCGCGACAUGCAGAAGUACAUUGACGAGUGCAACCGCCGCAUCGACCAAGCGCAACGCCGCCUAGAGAAAACCCCCGACGAGAUCCGGCAGACCAACGCCCUCCUAAAAACUAUCAGCGACUUCACCAAGACGAUCAACACCGGGCUGCUGGAGAUCGCGGUGCUGGGCGAGUCCGGCAGCGUCAGCCUCGCGUGCUCCGAGUUCUACAAGGUGCGCACCGCGAAGCUGGCCAAGGAGCAGGCCGAGCGCGACCUCAAGAGCUUGAGUGACACCAGUGGGCCCAGCGGCCACCAGAAACUGCAGGUGUGUGAUGUCUGUGGCGCGUACCUGAGCAGGUUGGACAAUGACCGGCGACUGGCGGACCACUUUUACGGGAAGAUGCAUUUGGGCUACGCGCAGAUGAGAAGGACGUAUGAAACGUUGCAGAAGGAGUUGAAGGGGCGGGGUCCGCCGCCGCGGAGGGCGGAUGAUGAGUUAAACGGUCCUGCUGGGCCCAGGGGUGGGUAUGGCGAUGAUUACGAUGGAGGUUGGGGUGGGAGAGGUGGUGGCGGCUACGGCAGAGGAGGAGGGUAUGGCGGGAGAGGCGGUGGUUAUAGAGGCAGAGGCAGGGGGAGGUGGUAA